AACUGUGUGCAGGAAACGCCAGCCAUAGAAGAGAUCACGCUUUUCAACACCGUGGCACGGUACAAACAACGGAAAAUGUGCAACGCGUUAUAUUAUUAAUGUUCGGAAACGGCCGCUCUCUUCGGAUUCUUACCAGGACCUUCGGAGACGACCCUCGAAAGCGUUUCCGCCGAGGGAUUUGACAACUCCCACCCUCGAAAGAGCUGCCUUUCUGCUGUCUGAAAACAUCGGGUCGGCCAGCGGGUGGGUAGAGGAUUCGUGGAGAGGGACUGUCUGUUUUCCGAAGCCAUGAGGGAGUAUAAAGUGGUCGUGUUGGGCUCGGGCGGCGUGGGUAAAUCUGCAUUGACUGUCCAAUUUGUGACGGGAUCCUUCAUUGAGAAAUACGACCCCACAAUAGAGGAUUUUUACCGAAAGGAGAUCGAGGUGGACUCGUCUCCCUCUGUUCUGGAGAUACUGGACACGGCGGGGACCGAACAGUUCGCCUCGAUGCGAGACCUGUACAUCAAAAACGGGCAGGGGUUUAUUUUGGUCUACAGUCUGGUCAACCAGCAGAGCUUCCAAGACAUCAAGGCGUUGAGGGAUCAAAUCAUCCGAGUGAAAAGAUACGAGCGAGUGCCCAUGGUAUUGGUUGGAAAUAAAGUGGACUUGGAAGGCGAGAGAGAGGUCUCUUCCGGGGAAGGCAAGGUGCUGGCUCAGGAGUGGAAUUGCCCGUUUAUGGAAACUUCUGCCAAAAAUAAAGGCUUGGUCGACGAACUGUUCGCAGAAAUCGUGAGACAGAUGAACUAUUCCUCUUUACCCAGCGGUGGAGAUCGCUGUUGUUCUUGUGUUCUUUUCUAAAAAAAACAUCUAAAUUUGCAACUGUGAUUGUUAUCUAGCUAAGUAAAACUCGUAAAAAAACAAGGCCUGUUUUGAUAACCUGUUGAUAACAAAAUUAUACGGCCUCUUUUUGAUAAUGCGACCGUCAGUAUUAUUGGAAAGUUAUUUGCACACAACAAUCGACGAUGACGACAAUUUAUAUUGAAAUAGCCUAAAAAGUGUUUACAUGACAAAGUACUUGAAUGUUUGAGAUUUAAAAAAAAAAUAUCACACAGCUUUGUAAUUGACACUUUUUCUGGAAACGUGCCUAACUGGGAAUGUCUUAUUGUAAAACCUAAGAGACGCGUUUUGUUCUGGAACUUUGGUGGGGUUUGAUUACUGUUGAGUUGUACUUUUUCAUGGUUUCUGGGCGGGUCCUUCUGGCCUGGAGAGGGAUUAGAGGAUUAGUCCCUUUGCUGAACAGGGAUUGGUCACUUUUUGUGUGGAUUCUGAUGGGCUCAAGGACCCCCCUUCCUCCUCCUCCAUGCAAAAACUCAUGUUUGGAUUUUUAGUGUCAAAUAAACCCCAAACUCUGUGAAUAUGCACUGGUCACUGGAACUAGCUUAAACCUGAGCAACUAAUUUAAAAUGACUAAACAUAACACAUAGUCUAAACAUCAAGAAAUUGUGUUUUAUCUGCAGAAAAAAGUCCUACCAAGAUGUGUUGUCAGGCCAUGGAGUGUUGUGGGUUGCUUUUUUUGUGUUUUUUCUUCAGGAUUUGGUAACAUUGGAUUUAACUUCCCCUGCCCAUUUCACUCUUCAAUGUGCACAAACAAGGUCCUUACAGAUGUUACAUGUGGGGGGGACAGGACACCAUGUCAAGUGCCUUCCUAAGAAAUACACCAGUGUCUGUAUGUGCCAAACAAGGAGCCCUACAAUCACAACAGUACCGUUUCAUUUGGACUCAUAGUGAAAGAGGCUUACUUCCGGGUUGUUCCGUUUGAUUUCAAUCACUUUUUGACCUCACUCCUUUUUGAUUAGAACUCAACUUUGCGUGCACAUUUGCCCAUGGAAGAGGUGGUCAGAAAGUGACAUUGUGGAACUGAAAGCCAAAAGAUUCAGGAGAUACAGGUGCUCAAAUUUGACCAGUUUAGCAUAACCCAACAUACCAUGAGACAUAAUUUCUUCAUCACUGGGAAAUACAAAUGGUUGAGUUUGAUGCAAUUUAAAAGCUUAACAGGCUUGUCAAACUAUUAAAAAAAACAAAAACAUUUUAAUGUCAAUUAUCUAAAAUGUGUAAACUCCAAUUUACAUAUUCUGAGGUAUGUGUGUUGUGCUUGCCAUCAGUUGAGACACAGCAUACUCUUAAAUACAGGUUGGGUGCCAUUUGAAUCUUUAGAAAUAGUUCCAUUCUAUGAAUUAUAUCCCUUCAGACCAGUGGAAUUUAGCUGGUGGUACACCAUUGAAAUUAACAUUUUUACUUUCACAAAGAUGGCCACCGGUCCACUCACCGUUGAAUGUCAACUUAAAUGGGAAUGUGUAUGUUAUGUAUAUUUCUAUGAUUUCAAUAGGUGUCACAUGGACUAUUGACAGUGUAAUUUCAAACAACUGAUAUUCUAAUUCAAGUCAACAUUUUUUGAUAUGUGGACAAAUCAUCUUUGUGGUACCAUUUGAAAGCUGAAAUUUCUGUUAUUCCCAUUUUAAUACAUUUAGCCAAAACAUAACACCCACCCUGUAUUCAAGAGCAUGCUGUGUCUCAACCAAUGGCAGGCACAAUACAAACACCUCACAUUAUGUCAAAUAGGGUCUAUGCUAGUACAAAGGACACUGCCCUGUGUAGGGUGCGUCUUUCGGAUGGGACGUUAAACGGGUGUCCUGACUUGAGGUCAUUAAAGAUCCCAUGGCACUUAUCAUAAGAGUAGGUGUGUUAACCCAGGUGUCCUGACUUGAGGUCAUUAAAGAUCCCAUGGCACUUAUUGUAAGAGUAGGGGUGUUAACCCAGGUGUCCUGACUUGAGGUCAUUAAAGAUCCCAUGGCACUUAUCGUAAGAGUAGGGGUGUUAACCCCGGUGUCCUGGCUAAAAUUCCUAAUCUGGCCCUCAAACCAUCACGGUCACCUAAUAAUCUCCAGUUUACAAUUGGCUCAUUCAUAAAAUAAAUAAAAUAUUUUAAAAAAUGAAAAAGUUGAAGUUGAUGUGUUUUUAGAUUAAUUGAAGUUUAAAAAAAUAUAUAUUUUAAGACCGAAAUUAAGAAAUUAUUAAAUAGUUUGACAACCCUGUUUGUAAGAUUUAAAAUUUUGUUAAACCCAGCUGUUUAUAUUUUCCAGUGAUGAAGACAUGGUGUUCAAAUCAAAUAGGUGUACAGUCAAAAAGUGAUUUGAAAUAAAAUGUAAUGUCCCUUUUUGUCUUUUUCAAUGAGGAAGUUGAGGUGUAGAUGGAAUAACAGUUAUUUCAGUGCAACGUUUGAGCUCUUUCCACCACACUGGUAUUCCUUCACUGAGAGUAUGAGCCCAAACAGCUUUAUGUUGUGGGUUCAGCAAAAAGUAAGCCAUGUUUGUUUUUAUCUUAGAAAUAGUUUCUUUCUGAAAUGUGAAUUCCUGAUUUCAAUUGUAAUUUUGACCCCAGACAAGCCUUUUACCACCCACUUGUCUGGAUUGAACAACUUUUAAUACAAAAGGCAUUUUAUGUAAA